AUGGGUGGGCCGAGAUCUGCUUCUCUGGCCAUUCAGACCCUCAAUUUAGCCCCUCGCUCCCUGUAUAGUAUCCCUACUAUCCUUGGAGCUGUGACCAGAUCAGUUAGCCAACGAUCUUUUUCUACAACGCGUGGUUCGAACGGUCCCCAAAACUCUCAGCCAAAGUCGGGGUUCAAUCCAACCAAAUCCCAUCGGAUUGCGCUUAAUUCAAAAGAUGAAGGAAUUGCACAAAUAGACGGAAACAUCAGCAUCGAAUAUCCUGAAAAUGACAAAACGCCUCAAACUCCUGUUAUCCAGGGCCAUGGGGGCGUGCAUUUUAAACGGACCCUCGCGCAAUUUUCCCUUGAAAAUAAAGUCUCAGUGGUAACCGGAGGCGCGAGUGGCAUAGGUCUUGCUAUAUCCCAGGCGAUUGUGGCAUCAGGCUCACACCUUGCCAUUGUUGACAUGAACCGAGAUGAGGCCCACAGACAGGCUGAGACGCUACUGCAGCAAUUCAAAAUAGAAAACCUAGGGUGUAAGGACUUACCCAGAGUAACUGCUCAUUAUUCCGACGUGUCCGACCCAACCUCUGUUAACGACGCUAUUCUCGACAUUCUCGACCAGCAGGGCAGAAUCGACAACUUGGUGACUUCGGCCGGGUUCACCGAGAAUUUUAGCGCUGUCACGUACCCUCAUGAUCGAAUGCAGAAGCUGUGGGGGGUCGUUGUGGAUGGGACAUAUCUGUUCACUACCGGCGUUGCGAAACAUUUGAUCGAGCGUCAAGCAUCUGGGAGCAUGGUGGUUAUUGGUAGCAUGUCUGGAGCUAUCGUCAACGUUCCUCAGCCCCAGGCGCCCUACAACGCAGCCAAGGCAGCGGUUCGUCAUCUUGCAGGAUCGCUCGCGGUGGAGUGGGCCCGCCAUAAUAUCCGCGUUAACUGCGUCAGCCCUGGAUAUAUCCUGACUGCCCUCACCCGCAAGAUCUUGGAGGAAAACAUCGAAUUUCGUGAUAAGUGGAUCUCGCUUAUUCCCACCGGCAAGAUGGGAACGCCAGAGGAUCUUAUGGGGCCAGUGGUGUUCUUGCUCAGUGACUCUGCGAAAUACAUCACUGGUGCCGAUUUACGUGUCGAUGGUGGUUAUACACUGACUUGA